GGCAGAUCUCUUCAAGGAAGCCCUGCGGAUCACCCUGGGAACAUCUCACCCUUCUGGAAGCAUGAUCUUCACUCCCUUCUUCCCACCUCCUCAACUGACUUUCCGAGACCUACAAGAAGAAUCUGAGGAAGGUGAUAUCAUCUUUCCUGGCAUCAUGGGGAAUCCAUCUGGUGGCCCAGGCUGGCUCGUGCCGCCUUUUCCUCCACGAAGGUCAUGGAAGAGCCGAUUCCAGAGAGUGCUGGCACGUGUGACUAAGUUUUUCAGGAGAAGAUUCCAGAUGUUCCAAAACUGAGAUCACAGGAGCCACAGGCGCAGAGCCAUGCAUAGAGACCAGGACCUGUUGCCCCUGGACCUGCUCCCCACACCACAACCCGAGUACCUUGUCCAAUGAGCCUGGAAUAAAUGUGGCCAUGUUUGACUA